CGGAGUCAAGCUGGUGCGUGGAGCCUACCUGGAGAAGGAGGUCGCCUGGGCGCUGAAAUUGGGCAUACCGCGACCCAUCCACGACACCUACGAGGCCACCUCAGACAUGUACAACAGCCAGGUGGAGCGGAUGCUGGGCCGGGUGGCCGCGCUCGGAGACCGGUCAGCCGUUAUGGUGGCCUCCCAUAACGAGAACAGCGUGCGUCUGGCCGUCAGACUGAUGUCCCAGCUCGGCCUGCCGCGCGAUGACGGUCGAGUGCUGUUCGGUCAGACAUAUGGCGUCUACGAGCAGGUCUCUACACCGCUGGCGUCCGCCGGUUACGCCGUCUACAAGUCGACACCCCUGGGCGACAUCAGCUCCAUCCUACCGUACCUGGCACGGCGGGCUGCUGAGAACCGGACAGUAGCGCGGGGCACGCGCUCAGAGCGACGACUGCUGGCGGCCGAGCUGUGCAGACGACUGGGACUGACCGGCAGCUGACAGAAACGGGGAUGGUAGCCGACAGAAACGGACGGGCAGACGACCAGCCCAUGAGACCAAUACGGCAGUUGACAGACCCGGGACGGCACGGGAAUCCAACCUUCCCUGAGCAGCUCGGAUUGCAAUGAAAGUUGACCUGCUAAGCUAGCUCUAACUUGAUAAUUUUAUGACGGUGUCCAGCCCUCACUGACCAUCUGAAGUCGCUCACGGGAUCUGCGAUUCCCUGGUCAGCACCUCGGAUUAGCAGGGCAUCGUAUCGUCAUUGACCAGCCAAAGCUGCCACGAGAGCCGAAUAUCCACUGAACAGCGUCGAAAAGGCUCUUAGCGGCAUGCCAAUAUCUGCUAGUCGGAUAAUAGUUAUACAGCGUCACCCAGCCAAUCCAUAGAGGAAACGGAGAUUCAGAUUUGAACUUUGAGCUCUCUCACUCAUGCGUGCUCAUAUAGGAACAAAUACUCAGCAAUAUAUAGAAGGGUUCAACGCGAAGGAGUUACGUAACAAACGUAAGUCCGAAGAUGAUUGACGAUAUACUUUACUGAAUCUGCCGCGCUUUGCACUUGAGGGCAUAUUCUCGAUUGUGGGAACCUCUGCCGUGUAACUGUCAUCGACAUGCUUAGCGUCUCUUGUUUCAAUACAUAAUUUUUGAUA